AUGGAGCCCGGGUACAUGAGCGCUUGGGGCGAUUUGCCUGAUAUCGUAUCGCCACCACUCCACGCAGCAGAUUCCUUGCCGAUUGCCAGCACAGUGUCCACGCCCCGCAUUCCCCUGAAAUCCAGCAGGGGUGUAGGCACGGCUCGCUGUAGGAAGCUAGCAGUAGACACCGCCGUCCGCAUCUUCAGAGAGCGGAUGACCCUUGACGCGAAGAGCAAGUUCGUCGAGAGCGAGUUAGUAGGGAGAAUGUAUGGGGUGAACUCAAAGACUGUUCGCGACAUCUGGGACAGGAGGUCGUGGGCAAAGCAAACUGAAUUCUUGGUUGUCCACAAUAAGGCGGCCGAAACAGGGCAACAGGACCGAGAGGAGGGAGACAACGGGACCCAAGGAGUAGCAUGCUGUGAGAUCGAGCAGCCUGUAUCGAUUGUCAGUUCUCCUCUGAGCAAAUCUGAGAUAGAAGGGUAUUCGACACAUUCUCAAGUCUUGGAAAUGAAGGACUCGAUUUUUGUUUUCGAGCCGAGCUGGGAGGCAACAGCAUCAUCUAUUGAGUCUGUGGAGAUGUGGACGGCAGGAAAGGAAGAUCAUGUCGUGAAGGCGAUGGAGUACGCGGAAGAGUUUGGCUCGACACCUGAGGACUUGAGCGACUGGAAUCGGGCUCUCUCCACCAGUGAUCAACAAGAAGGCGUUGCUUCAACAGACAGGAAGCUUCUACAGUGGAUUCCUUUCCGAGGACGCCGACGCAUGCAGGGUGACUAUGGAGGACAUGACAGAUGUGUCAUUCCAGUAUGCACAACCAUCAAGAUCGUUAGGAUAUUCCUCAGACACGUGUCGUCUCCACCAGAAAAAGAGCUCGACCUCGCAAUCUUCGAGGCAGACAUCCAGCGGGGUCAUCGAUGGAGGAAGAUAACCAGGGCGAUCAAGGAAGUAGACACUUGUAGGAGUUGA